CUUUCUAGAACCGCCAGGCCUGCCAGUCUACCCAUUCAGUUUUGUUUUGAAGCUGCGUACUUACGUGUGUUGACAACUGUUCCCACUCCCUCCUUUUUGGCGUCGUCGACGGGCGCCGUUUUCUGUAACGCGCGAUGGUUUUGUUAAGAGGAAGUACAGUGACGUGACGCGAUGACGCCCACUUGCAGCUAGUUGCGCUGGCGAGAAACGUUUUUUUAAGUAAUGAUGACUUGCUGCCACCAAAGGGAAUGGCUGUAGGAGGCAAGUACAAUGGAACACAUAGUGACCAAGCCCUGCAAAGGCUUCUGGCUUCCCUGGAGCAGGUGUGCCAUAAAGCUCACAGUGGUGAUGACGACCGUGCCUUCCUUGCUGCUCUGCUCCAAAACAAAGCCCUCCAAGCCUUGGUCCAUAUACAUACAAAGAUUGUCAGCUUCAGCAACAGAGGAAUUGCUCCUUCAAGCUGCGAUGCAUCACUCACUGCCGAAAAGGUGUUACAUGCCCUCCAAAAAAAUAUGGAGCCAGAGGCUAAGGAGCUCUGUAUUUUGAUAUCUUCCCCACAUGUCAAGGCUUUGCUUGAGGCCCAUGAUAUUAUAGCAAAAAAGGACUUUCUGCCGUCGCUCACAGAAGCAAUCUAUGAAGCUGAAGAAGAUGAAGAGACCAUAAAGAUAGUCCAGCUUGUGAAAAGCAACGAGCCACUAGGUGCCACCAUUAAGUACAAUGAAAUUGCUAAAGCAAUCACUAUUGCAAGGAUUAUGCACGGAGGAGCUGCUGACAGAAGUGGUCUUAUUCAUGUUGGUGAUGAAGUCCAUGAAGUGAAUGGAGUUAGUCUGAAAGGCAAGGCACCACAUGAUGUCGUCAGCAUUUUGCAGCAGAGCCAGGCAGGGACCAUCACUCUGAAACUGGUGCCAGCAGAGGAAGCUUCUGUUGGUCGUGAGAGCAGAGUACGUGUCCGGGCAUUGUUUGACUACGAUCCGGCUGCAGACCCAUUGAUUCCAUGCAAGGAAGCUGGCCUGCAAUUUUGGCGGGGCCAAGUUUUGCACUUGGUUAGCCAAGAUGACCCAAAUUGGUGGCAGGCACGCUGGGAGGGUCAGCGGUCAGCUCGUGCAGGACUUAUACCUGCACAGAGCCUCCAAGAGAGGCGUUUUGCAUCAUUGCGAGUGAUGAAUCAGGAUGACGAUGAUGAGGGCCUGUCAGCAGGCUGCUACUCACCAAUGCGCAAAGAGCUGAAGGCUCGGAGAGCCAAGAAGGUCAUGUAUGAUGUCUCUGACAAUGAAGACUUUGAUCGAGAGCUUAUUUCAACUUAUGAAGAGGUUGCCAAGCUUUAUCCAAGGCCUGGACUUCAUCGUCCCAUUGUGCUGAUUGGUCCUCCAGGUGUUGGCCGCAAUGAACUGAAGCGAAGACUUGUUGCAAGUGAUCCUGACAAAUUUAAAACUACAAUUCCUUAUACAAGUCGUCCUGUGAAGCCCUGGGAGGUUGAUGGUCGAGAUUACUACUUUGUGAGCCGGUCUGAAAUGGAGGAAAAGAUUCGACAGGGCCGCUUCGUUGAGCAUGGGGAGUACAGGGGCAACCUUUAUGGGACCAGCCUUGACACUGUUCGAGCCAUUGUUGACCUUGGCUACACAUGCGUGCUGAAUCCACAUCCGCAGGCACUGAAAAUGCUCAGAACAGCAGAGCUUAAGCCAUUUGUUAUAUUUAUCAAGCCUCCAAGCAUCGAAAUUCUGAAAGAAACAAGAAAUAAGGCCUGCGCACGUUCUACAUUUGAUGAAAACUGCUCACGAGGGUUUACGGACGAUGAAUUCCAUGACAUAGUUUAUUUAGGCCACAAAAUGGACUUCCUGUAUGGCCACAUGUUUGAUUUGACCAUUGUGAACGAGGACCUUCCUCGUGCCUUCUACCAGCUGAUGGCAGCUGUGAAAUCGGUCGAAGCUGAACCACAGUGGGUGCCUGCUAGCUGGGUGGUCACGUCCCAGUGAAACUUAGCCUCUACAGCAUUUGUUCAU